AGUUCUAGAGCAGGGAUCACAUUUGCCAGGAAGCCUCAAGCAAAGCUCGUCCUUGUCCUCCAUGAGUUCGUAUUUCUUGGAAACUUUGGUCUGGCUCUUCCGUUGUCUCCCAGGGGGAGACUAUGUUGUGUCAGCCCCGCAGGAAGAGUCAGGGAAUUCGGAGGAUCGUGUGGCACCAGGACACCAAAAAUAUGGUCGUUCCUCUUGCCUGUCUACAAUCCCAGUGGUGGAGGAAGAAGAUUAUGAACAGAUCCUCCAGGAGAAUUCCCCAGGGCUGCCACCCCAGGACAUCAUACAAAAACCAUCAGGAGCUCUAGGUCUGAAGAAGAAAGAACUCAUCCCAAGGAGACUGAGGCUCCUUCUGGUGGGGAAAACCGGAAGUGGGAAAAGUGCAACCGGAAAUAGCAUCCUGGGCAGGAAAGUGUUUGAAUCUAGACUCAGUGCUAGACCAGUGACCGUGACCUGCCAACGAGAGAGCCGAGCGUGGUCUGAGAAGGAACUCGAGGUGAUUGACACCCCAGACAUUUUGUCCCCUCGGGUGUGGCCAGAAGUAGCAGCUGGGGUCUGUGAAGCCAUCCAGGAGAACCACGGGCAUAUGGGUACCAGCAGUGGCUGA